GAGGAACUAAGGGCCAGGAGUCGGUAGGAGCGGGAGCAGGGCCAUGCCCAAGCCGCCCCCAGGAGCCCCCUGAGCCUGCACCCCCUGCCACAGCCCCUCUGGUGUCCCCCAGGAGCCCGACGCCAACCCCAACAUGGGCAGCAAGGAGCGCUUCCACUGGCAAAGCCACAACGUGAAGCAAAGUGGCGUGGACGACAUGGUGCUGCUGCCCCAGAUCACCGAGGACGCCAUCGUGGGCAACCUGCGCAAGCGCUUCAUGGACGACUACAUCUUCACCUACAUCGGCUCGGUGCUCAUCUCCGUGAAUCCCUUCAAGCAGAUGCCCUACUUCACCGACCGUGAGAUUGAUCUCUACCAGGGCGCGGCCCAGUACGAGAACCCCCCGCACAUCUACGCCCUGACGGACAACAUGUACCGCAACAUGCUCAUCGACUGCGAGAACCAGUGCGUCAUUAUCAGUGGAGAGAGCGGAGCUGGGAAGACGGUGGCUGCAAAAUACAUCAUGGGCUACAUCUCCAAGGUGUCUGGUGGGGGAGAGAAGGUCCAGCAUGUCAAAGACAUCAUCCUGCAGUCCAACCCCCUGCUGGAGGCCUUCGGCAAUGCCAAAACCGUGCGCAAUAACAAUUCCAGCCGAUUUGGCAAGUACUUUGAGAUCCAGUUUAGCCGUGGCGGGGAGCCCGAUGGGGGCAGGAUCUCCAACUUCCUGCUGGAGAAGUCCCGCGUGGUCAUGCAGAAUGAAAAUGAGAGGAACUUCCACAUCUACUACCAGCUGCUGGACGGGGCCUCGCAGGAGCAGCGGCAGAACCUGGGGCUCAUGACGCCCGACUACUAUUACUACCUCAACCAGUCAGACACCUACAAGGUGGAUGGCACCGAUGACAGGAGCGACUUCGGCGAGACCCUGAGUGCCAUGCAAGUCAUUGGGAUCCCACCCAGCAUCCAGCAGCUGGUUUUGCAGCUGGUGGCAGGCAUCUUGCACCUGGGGAACAUCAGCUUCUGUGAAGAGGGGAAUUAUGCCCAGGUGGAGAGUACAGACCUUCUGGCCUUUCCUGCCUACCUGCUGGGCAUUGACAGCGGGCGGCUGCAGGAGAAGCUGACCAGCCGCAAGAUGGACAGCCGCUGGGGCGGGCGCAGUGAGUCCAUCAACGUGACCCUCAACGUGGAGCAGGCAGCCUACACCCGCGAUGCCCUGGCCAAGGGACUUUAUGCCCGCCUCUUUGACUUCCUGGUGGAGGCCAUCAACCGCGCCAUGCAGAAGCCCCAGGAGGAGUACAGCAUCGGAGUCCUUGACAUCUACGGCUUCGAGAUUUUCCAGAAAAACGGUUUCGAGCAGUUCUGCAUCAACUUCGUCAAUGAAAAGCUGCAACAAAUCUUUAUCGAGCUCACCCUGAAGGCUGAGCAGGAGGAGUACGUACAGGAGGGCAUCCGCUGGACCCCCAUCGAGUACUUCAACAACAAAGUCGUGUGCGACCUCAUUGAAAACAAGCUGAGUCCCCCGGGCAUCAUGAGCGUGCUGGACGACGUGUGCGCCACCAUGCACGCCACAGGCGGAGGCGCCGACCAGACGCUGCUGCAGAAGCUGCAGGCGGCCGUGGGCACCCACGAGCACUUCAACAGCUGGAGCGCGGGCUUCGUCAUCCACCACUACGCCGGCAAAGUCUCCUACGAUGUCAGCGGCUUCUGCGAGAGGAACCGGGAUGUUCUCUUCUCUGACCUCAUAGAGCUGAUGCAGACCAGUGAGCAGGCCUUCCUGCGGAUGCUCUUUCCUGAGAAGCUAGAUGUAGAUAAGAAGGGCCGUCCCAGCACUGCCGGCUCUAAGAUCAAGAAACAAGCCAACGACCUGGUGGCCACACUGAAGAGGUGCACCCCCCACUACAUCCGCUGCAUCAAACCCAACGAGACCAAGAGGCCCCGAGACUGGGAGGAGAGCAGGGUCAAGCACCAGGUGGAGUACCUGGGCCUGCGGGAGAACAUCCGCGUGCGCAGGGCGGGCUUCGCCUACCGCCGCCAGUUCUCCAAGUUCCUGCAGAGGUACGCCAUUCUCACCCCAGAGACCUGGCCACGGUGGCGUGGGGAUGAACGUCAGGGGGUCCAGCACCUGCUUCAGGCAGUCAACAUGGAGUCGGACCAGUACCAGAUGGGGAGCACCAAGGUCUUUGUCAAGAACCCAGAGUCGCUUUUCCUCCUGGAGGAGAUGCGAGAGCGCAAGUUCGAUGGCUUCGCCCGCACCAUUCAGAAGGCCUGGAGGCGCCACGUGGCAGUACGGAAGUACGAGGAGAUGCGGGAGGAAGCUUCCAACAUCCUGCUCAAUAAGAAGGAACGGAGGCGGAACAGCAUCAACCGGAACUUCGUUGGGGACUACCUGGGGCUGGAGGAACGGCCUGAGCUGCGUCAGUUCCUGGGCAAGAGGGAGCGUGUGGACUUCGCCGACUCGGUCACCAAGUAUGACCGGCGCUUCAAGCCCAUCAAGCGGGACUUGAUCCUGACCCCCAAGUGUGUGUAUGUGAUUGGACGAGAGAAGGUGAAGAAAGGACCAGAGAAAGGCCAAGUGCAUGAGGUCUUGAAGAAGAAGCUAGAGAUUCAGACCCUCCGGGGAGUCUCCCUCAGCACGCGACAAGACGACUUCUUCAUCCUCCAAGAGGAUGCCGCCGAUAGCUUCCUGGAGAGCGUCUUCAAGACCGAGUUCGUUAGUCUUCUGUGCAAGCGCUUCGAGGAGGCGGCACACAGGCCCCUGACCCUCACCUUCAGCGACACACUACAGUUCCGGGUGAAGAAGGAGGGCUGGGGCGGAGGCGGCACCCGCAGCGUCACCUUCUCCCGCGGCUCCGGAGACACGGCAGUACUCAAGGCUAGCGGCCGAACCCUCACGGUCAGCGUGGGUGAUGGGCUGCCCAAGAGCUCCAAGCCUACCCGGAAGGGAAAAGCCCAGGGAAGACCCCGAAGGUCAGCCCCGGCCCCUACCCGGGUGGCCCCUGGCCCCCCAAGAGGCCUGGACCGCAACGGGGUACCCCCCUCUGCCAGAGGGGGCUCCCUGCCUCUGGAAAUUACAUCUGGAGGGGGAUCCCAGCGGCCUCCGCGGGGCCCUCCAUCCUCGACCCUUGGGUCCAUCAGACGUCCCCGGGCACGGCCACCCUCAGAGCACAACACAGAAUUCCUCAAUGUGCCUGACCAGGGUGUGGCAGGCAUGCAAAGGAAGCGCAGUGUGGGACAAAGACCUGUGCCUGGUGUGGGCCGACCCAAGCCCCAACCACGGAUACAUGGCCCGAGGUGCCGGGCCCUGUACCAAUACAUAGGCCAAGAUGUGGAUGAGCUGAGCUUCAAUGUGAAUGAAGUCAUCGAGAUCCUCAUGGAAGAUUCCUCAGGCUGGUGGAAGGGUCGCCUUCAUGGCCAGGAGGGUCUCUUCCCAGGAAACUACGUGGAGAAGAUCUGAGCUGGGAACCUGGGAUUGUGUCCUCCCACUUGCUCACCUGCCUGUCAGGGAGCCAGGCUGGGCCAGCGGGAAUCCUGAUUACUCUGGCUGCACUUUGGCCAGAAAGUCCAAUCCCAUAGCCUCCAGCCCAGCCCAGACUGUGGGUCUGGGGAGAUCACUGCUGCAACAACCCUCCCAGACCUUGGCCACCCUCCUGUCACACCUGCUGCCCGAGUCUGUUCCUUCUUGUAUCAAACAGGGCUAACAGCAGAACCUACCUCCCAGCUGCCUCGUGUGUAUGAAACGCAUGUCCCAGGCUGUUGGCAAAGUGCUGGGCAUAGUCCAGGGUGAAGGGGCCUUGACAAGUGGGACGUCCUCUUCCCUCAUCAGAGGCAAUAAAUAUGUGCUAGGUGAAAAAGUGAAUUAAAAUUUUUGAAUGUCCACAAUAAGGACUGGGUUCUCACAACCCUAUGAGGGGGGAGCAGUGAAUGCCCCCACUUUAUAGGUGGGCAGACUCAGAGAUGUUCAGCCACUUAUCCGAGACUCCACAGCGCCCCCCUCACUGAAGCUUCAAUUUGUCCCACUUUCCUUUCCAUAAACUGCAUCCCAAACGAUCCAGCAGAUGUUGUCAGCCUCUAAAUCUGCAGCCCUCAAACUCAUCUGGGACCUCAGUAGACACUUAGGAGGCAGGUUCCACAUGGUUUCCUGCAAGCCACCCUAGGUCACCCCUGGCCCCUGCCCCACCAUCCUAUAUAUUUUCCCUCUUAGUCUUUACCUACCUGGGGUCAAGACCAGUUCUGACAUUUGAGGUGCUGAAUUUCUGCCAGACUCUAAGCAUUCCAGAGCUCCCUGUUGGGAGCUAAGGUGUGAGCCUAAAGAUCCAAGCUUUCUGUUCUGGACACCCCCUCUGUCCUCAGCCCCUAAAAGAGCAGCCAGUCUGGGAGGAACAGGGUCAGACUAAUGGAGUCAGGACAGAGAAGAUACAGAUGGCAUUGCUGGAGGAGCCAGGAAGGCUGAAGAGGGUUGGUCUCAGCAGAUCUUGAUGACAAGCAACUAUGAUGGGGACAUUCCAGGCAGUGGACACCUGUCCCACUGGAGAAUAAAGGAUGAGGCAUCCAAGAAAGAACAUCCAACAAGGAGAUUCCCACCUUCUCCCUUCUGCAUUUACCUUGGGAAGCCAAGCUGGGCUGGAAAAAAAGAUUACAAGGUUGUAAUGGGUCUCAACAGCCCUAUUAUUGGCCAGUCAUUCUGUAAAAGCACUUAAUAAUCCCCUGAAUGUCUCUGGUCCUCUCCAUCUCUGAGAUCCUUUACUGCAGCCCAACCACCACAGUGUGCUUGUCUGCAAGACCUGGGUGUGAGGAAGGCUGGAGGGGAACUGUGUCAAUCAGUGUCAUGGGCUGGGCAUUUCCUGGGUACAGAAGAAUCAGGGGUUCAGCUCCCUUCUCUGCCCUCAAACUUUGAGGUGCAGCCCUGUGGACUCACUGCUAUAGAGGGUACCCACUUGCAGGAAGUAAGGCCUUCUGGGCUGAAUGGAUGGAUGAGAGUUGAGCAGGACAGUAGCGAUGGAGAAGGGCAUGAAUGUGGUAUAUUUUAUCAGACAGCAUCUCAUAUCUAGGUUACAGGCAUCUUCAGGCUGCAAACCUCAAUCACCUUGGCUGAACCUGCUGCUCAAUGCCACAUCCUGUGGACUCACAGAAUUUCUUAAAUCCGGCCCCGUCCCUUCUGAGGCCUCCCCCAUCCUUCCUCAGAUUAUACUAGCCUCCCCAGCACACUUGCGCGGGCACGUGCGCACUCACUCACCGGUCUCCACUUUGCAUCAAAAUGACUUUUUAAAAAACUUAAUGAAUUUUUAACUGAAUGGUA